GGCAAGAAAAGGAGGCGGUCCAGAAAAGAAAGUUAUUCCAUCUACAUCUACAAAGUGAUGAAGCAGGUUCACCCCGACACCGGCAUCUCCUCCAAGGCCAUGAGCAUCAUGAACUCGUUCGUUAACGAUAUUUUCGAGCGGAUCGCGGGGGAAGCUUCCCGCCUGGCCCAUUACAACAAGCGCAGCACCAUCAGCUCCCGGGAGAUCCAGACCGCCGUGCGGCUGCUGCUGCCCGGGGAGCUGGCCAAGCACGCCGUGUCGGAGGGCACAAAGGCGGUGACCAAGUACACCAGCUCCAAGUGA